AUGGACGCCGUGAGGCAAGCCGACGCACUCUUUGAGACAAAGAGCAUCAAGGAGAUCCAGCAGAUCGAGCGCAAAACCCGCAAGGAUGUCGAGGGCAAAAAGGACGAGCUGCGGCGCCUCGUCGGGGACUCCUACACCGACGUCAUCCUCUCUGCGGACCGCAUCAAACAAAUGGCAGACCUUUGCGACGAGGCAACGAGGUCCGUGGCCGACAUGACGGCCCGCCUCGCCGGCCUCGCGGACUCCCUCGCCUCCCAGGCGUCCACGGUCGAGUCCCGCGCAGAGGGGCCCGCCGCGGGGGGCGUAUCCGAGGACAUCUGGACCGCGGGAGUCUUGGUUGGAUAUCUCAUGGAAACUCAAGAAGCCAUAUGGGGCCACCUCGACGCCGGGGAGUACCUCCUCGCCGCGCGGCGGCUCGCACGCGCCGGCUGCGUCGAGCGCGCGUUCUCCUCCGCCUGCGGCGCGGCCCGGCACCGCUUCCCGCUCCUGCGGCAGCAGCUGCCGGCCAUCGCGAAGCUCAAAGGGCAGGUUGUGGAGCGCGCGACGGCCAGGCUGGCGUCGGAGCGCGCGCUGACGCCCGCGCACGCGGCGGACGCGCUCGCGGCGCUGCUAUGGUGCGGCGAGGCCGGCGCAUUCGAGGAAUCCUCGACUGCCGGUGUCGCCAAGUGUCUGCGCAGGUUCCUGGACCUCCGGGCGGACUGCGCGGCGGCGGCGCUCGCGGACGAGGGCGAGGCGGCCGGGCAGGGCGCGGCGGCGUGCAGCGCGGCGCUGGAGCGCGCCGUCUCCGUCGUCCAAAGCACGCUAGUGCUCGCGGGGCGGCUGUUCGUCGGCGGGGCGCCCGGGUCCGGGCCGGCGGGCGGCGCGUACCUCUCGCGGGCGCCCGUUCUGCAGCAGCUGCUGCGCGCCGCGUCGCUGGACGGCGAGGACGGCACGCUGGACACCCUCCCGGGGUCUCUCGGGCUGACUCCGGCCGCCACGUCAGCGGACGCCGCGCCGGGGUCGUGGGCGGCGGCGGUCGCGGCCGCGGCCGCGGCCGCGGACACUGUGCGCGAUGUGCGGUGCGGAGACGAGCUGCGCGGGUGGCUACCGCGUGUCGCUGCGACCUUUCUCGGUGAGGCGCACCACACGCUGGGGGUGUGCCGCUCCGCGGCGGAGGUGUCCGAGGUCGAGACGACGGCGCGCGCGAGGCUCGCGAACUGGACGCUGCCGCCCGCGCUCGCGGCCAUGGGCGCGGGCGACGCGGACGGCGCCGCCCAGAGGGGGGGCGUCGACGACGCCCCCGCGUCGUGGGGGGAUGUGUGCGCGUGGGUCGGCGCCGGGCGGAUCGACCUCUGGAGCGCGUUCCUCGAAGAAGCGGUCCUGCGCCGCGGCGAGGAGCUCAUCCGCGAGGCCGUCGACCGCGCGAAGCAGCGGUUGCGCGAACAACUUGACGCGGUGCUGACGGCGGCGGACGCGACCGACAGAGCGGCGCCGGUGGCGCUGACGGGCGCGGGGUCCGCGAGCCAGAUGCUUCCGGGCGACGGCGCGCGGUCGGCGUGGCAGGCCGCGGCGGCGGCGCUGGCGGACGGCCUGUCGGACGACUUGGCAGAGGCGGUGCGGGCGGCGGCCAUCCUCGUGCAGACGGAACGCGACGCGGGCGUGGCUGCGGGGGCCGGGCGCGGGCGCGGCGGCGCGACGCGGUCCGUGCGGCUCGGGACGUUCACGCAGUCGGAGUGCCUGGAGCUCGCGAAGACUAUCGGAACCAUAAUUGCCGCGGGGAUGCCGGCGGAGACUGACGACUCCGGGGCGUCCGGGAAGGGCAUGGAGCGGCGGCUCGCGCUGGCGCAGCUCGCGCUGGGCAUCGCGGACGAUACGAGCCUGCUCAGCGUGUGCCUCGGGCCGCCUGAGGCUUGGCAGCGGGCCCUGGCACGCGCCGUGCUGUCGCAGCAGCCUGGCGGCACCGGCGCGGCAACCGCGACGCUGCUGUCCGGGUACGCCUCCGGCUCGAUCUCGGGGCUGCUGUCCGGGAAGGCGUCGCGGCCGGCGGGCGGCGCGGGGGGGCCUGGCGCGAUGGAGGCUUCACGGGCCAUUGCGGAACUGACGGCGACGGGCUGGAGGGCGGCGGACGCGUGGUGCACGUGGGCGGCGCGUGCGCUCGCGCAGUCUUUCGUGCGGAUGCUUGCGAGCGCGCCAGACGCGGGGAAGGCGCAGGCGCCGUCGUCCUGGCAGGAUGUGCGCGUGGGAGGUGGAAACACGGACGACGAUGUCGUGUUCAAGCUGCCGUGCGCGAUGUCCGCGACGGCGGCGUCGCUGAUGUUCGCGGCGUCGCACGAGCUGCUGCGCUCGGGCCUGCUGCCGCGCCUGGCGCCAGGACCUGGCCGGCACGGCGCGCACGCCCCGGGACUCCCCCCCGGGGCUGCGGCGGCGCUCUCGGCGGCGUUCGCGUACCGGUUGCUCGAGUUCAUCCUCGCGGAGCUCGAGAGCCGCUGCGAGGACGCCUCCGCGCCGCCGGACUUCAUCAAGGAUUCCUCAGAGGCCCGAGUUCUUCAAAUCCUAUUUGAUUUCGCCGCGCUUCGGGGCUUCCUGCGCGGCGCGGAGCCCCCGCCGUCCCCGAGCCCCGCCGCCGGGCCGCUCGCCGGCCUGGCCGCGAGCGAGGCGCAGAAGGAGGCCCGCGAGCUCCUCAAACGCGCGGCAGCCGCGCAGGCACGAUGCGCCUCCGUCGUCGACCCCAUCGACUGGGCAACGUACGAGCCGCACGUCGAGAGCAUGGCCGCGGCAUUCCAGGAACGCUGCGGCUCCGUCCUGUCCCUGCCGUGCGCCGCGCUCCCCGCGCCACGCAAGCACGCAACAACAACAAAAGCGGCCGGGACAGGUGCCGCGGCGCCCACGGUCACGCUCGCGACGGCCCCGGCGCCGCCGCGGUUCGUCUACCUCCCGUUCUCUUCGCCGACGUCGGCCGGCCGCGGCGCCGCGCCGCGCGCGAAGGCGCAGGCCGCGGCGGCGCCGAGCGCGUGCGGCAGCGGGUCGCUGCGCUCCGUGUCGGACCUGAGUCAGUUCGGGCGGCCGGCCGAGCCCGAGGCGAGCGCCGGAGGCGCGCGCGCGGGGCGGCGGCUGCGGUGCCCGUCGCGGCGUCUGCGGCCGCGACGGCGCCGGCCGCCGCGUCGUCGGGGCCAUUGCCGGACGUGCUGUCGCGGCAGGGGCUGGCGGAGCUGCACGCGACGUUCAGCAGCAAGGGGUCGGCGCUGGCGCGGAGUAUGCUCGGGGGAGGGUCGACGCUGGGCGGGCUGUUCGGGACCGAGGGUUGACGGGCGCGAAACUCGACACACUUGUGCGGCUGUCUGCUCGUUGUGA